UGCUAUCGCGCCUUCUACCUCGCUCCGGAUGAUCCUAGGGUUUGGGCCCUAAUGGAUUUGGAAUCUAAGUACGAAAUCCUCCGGACUGCGAAUUUCAUCCGCAGUAACAACUUCUCCAGAGUCGCGUUGCAGUUUCCAGACGAGCUCCUCAGAGACUCGACGAGCGUGGCGAGGGCUCUGAGGAAUGAGCUGGGGCGAGGCGUGCGCCUGUUCGUCAUGGCCGACACGGCAUACGGCAGUUGCUGUGUGGACGAAAUCGGUGCCGCGCACAUUGACGCUGACUGCGUCGUCCAUUUUGGCCACGCCUGUAUGAGUCCAUUAACAACACUGCCUGCCUUCUUUGUCUUUGGGAAAUCCUCGAUUGAUGUACUUGUUUGUGUGCAAUCCUUACAUCACAACCUAUCAUCAAACAAUAAGCCGAUUUUGAUCCUAUUUGGAUUGGAAUAUGCGCAUGCUUUAGAGGACAUAAAAGCAAAAAUGGUGAGUUCAUUGCCAUCAGCUGGGUUUAGUCAAAUAGUUCGAUAUGCAGAGGUUACUUCUUCGAUCAUAAAUCCGUCUGAUGAUAAUGAUGGAAUAAAUGGACGCAACACGAAAGUUGUAGUUUUAAAUUGUGGUCAUAAGGAGAAAACUUUGAAGUCGGAGAAAUGUAGUAAAUUAGUCACUGGUACCAGAUAUGGUCUUGGAGGUCUAGAAUGGAGUAUUCCAGUGGAUAAGAAGAUUGAUGAUUACAUUAUGGUUUGGAUUGGAUCUGCAGAUUCUGCUUUUGCAAAUGUUGUUCUUACAUUCAACAGUUGUGAAAUAGUUAGAUAUGACCCUGAGAGAAGCCAGUUUCUACGUGACUUCUCUGGCCAGAGAAAAACUCUGAAACGCAGAUAUUAUCUUGUCGAGAAGGCAAAGGAUGCUAAUAUUGUUGGCAUUUUGGUGGGAACUCUAGCUAUUGCUGGUUAUCUUAGGAUGAUUAAUCAGAUGAAAGAAUUGAUUGAAGGAGCUGGGAAGAAAUCUUACACCUUAGUCAUGGGAAGACCUAACACUGCCAAACUCGCCAACUUUCCUGAGUGUGAUGUUUUUGUCUACGUCUCUUGUGCUCAAACUGCUCUCUUGGAUAGCAAAGAUUUUCUGGCUCCAGUUAUAACUCCUUUUGAAGCAACGUUAGCUUUUGGCAGGGGGAAAGAUUGGACUGGAGAAUAUGUGGUGGAGUUUGGCGACUUGAUGAUCUCUUCACCGGGAGAUUUCAAUCACUUUCAUGAAGCUCGGUUUUCAUUUUUCAAAGGUGGCUACAUAGAAGAUGUUCAGCCUCAUGAAAAUGAAGGACAAAGAAAUGAUGAAUCAGUUGGGUUGGAGUUGUCAAAGGCAGCUAUGAACUCAAUCGACCGACCGUCUGAUUCGAUUUUAUUCAAUGGAUCGGCUCAAUCGGGGGUUGAUUUUUUUGUUGCCCGUAGCUUCAAAGGUCUCAAUAUACAGUAUAAUAAUCCUUCUCCCCCUUCAUACAUCAUUGGUAGGAGAGGCAGAGCAGCUGGCUAUGAUGAUGAGAGAAAGGCAAUAUAUAGUUCAGAAGUUUGACGGUACUGAGGACUUCUGUGCAAAUGAAUUUGAUUUGUUCUUUGAGGUGAAGAAAUUGGUGGUUUCUAACAUGUAAAAUAUGAGCUGUUAGGAUUAUUUGAAAGCCCAAUGUUGUAGUUUAUGAAUAAAUUAUUUUAUAAAGAUUGCAUUAGGGGCUGUUUGGUUGUAGUUCUGUGUUGUAAUGAAAUUAUCUUGAUCAUCACUAA